AGUCCUGCGAAUGCUACGAAACAAGAAGGAUCGUCGCUGCCCACUUGGUUAAAGAGGCUUUGAUUGUGCAGUGUGCUGUGUUCUUUUCAGUUAAUGUCUUUGGAUAUCGAGAGUUAAUCUUUUUCCCUUUGACAUAAGUACCCUUUUCCUCCCUUGCCUCUUGCCUCUUAUUACGUGACGUUAUUUCCCUCUCCCAUAUUUCCCCCUCUCCCUUCCACCUGCGAGGCUCUCCCUCUCCGUAGUGGCCCUCUCCGGUCUGCUCCGGCGGUGCGGUGCACGGUGCAUCAAAACAACGAAUAAUUCUGUGGAAAAAGUCACCACCUCGCAAUGUUCAACUCAGUGAAAAGUUUAAGAGACUUCUUUAGCUACUGGUACUUUCGUUACCUAAUGGUGACAGAGCUGUACAUCGUCGAAAGAUGGGAACAGAGAGUUAUGAAUGUAGCAUUUGUGCUAUUGUUUGUUCUCUUUUGGUAUUUCAACAGUACAGUUCUCGUUAAUCUAGCAUCCCCACUGUCGAAGUACCUUAUCAACUCUCCAAUUCAAGAUACAUCAAAAAAUUAAUUAACUCUGCUCUCCUUCAACCUCAAAAGACACAUCCCUUCUGACAUCAAUGCUUUAAAGACAACUUUUGUACUGUUAAGAUUUACAACAAAUCUAUUUCAUGGAUAUUUACGUGUACUUCUUAUUUGCUUCAUGUUUGCUUGAUAUGUGAUGCAUCCUUUCUACCUAUUUACAAAACCUUGCCCCUGUUUAGACAAUGAAAUCGGUUCUCAUAUUUCCUCUCAGGUAUUAUUUUGCAGCGAAUACUAUAGUCAAAUAAUUACAUUUUAAAGUGUGUUUUUCUAUAACAUUCCAAUUGUAAGUUCCUUUUUGGGGUUUUAUUUUAAUGGAUUACAUAUUGACCCUUCCUUAUCAGCUUUAGUACUUGUUCCCUAAAGAAGACAUAAGAAUACUGUGUGUAUUAUUGAUCUACUACUUAGACAAUUAAAAGACAAGAAUGUAUGUAUGUUCUCUGUAACAUACUUGAUAGUUACCUGUAAUUUUUUUUCUGACUCUUGGCUUGAAGUCUUUAUGGUACUCAAACAUGUUCCUCUUAGAAAUUUAGCAGUAACUACAUAUAUCUUAGCUUAGUGUUGAGAGCUAUGUUAGCUUGAAUUUUUAAUUAUUGGAAGGUUUUGAGUAGUUCAUUUUGUAGAGUAAUAUUUAUUUUAUUUUGACUGUCUCUUUCUUCUGCCUAUUUUCUUACUGUGUGUUACUUGCUUAUGUCAUUUUUAUCACAUACCGAGCCUGGUUAAAUGCAUAAAAUGUUAUUUUUGCUGAUAUGUGAAUAACAAUGUUUGUUAUUGUUGUCUUGUCUCGUAAGCGUUCUCUCUCUUGCCACCUAAAUCAAGAUGUGUACUUUUUAAAGAUACCAAUGGUACAGAUUGUAUUACAGCACGUCUUCUUAGGCACUUGACUGAUGAGAGCUGAACUUAUUUUCCAUUCACUGCAUUUCUAUCCUUUUUUGUACCAAUUUUUUGUGCCGGUUAUAGUCUUGUUGAAGUAAUAGGUAUUAAAUACAGCAAUCCUUUUUAUCAUUUAUUUUACAUUAAAAAAUAAAGAUACAAUCACAGUUGAA